GCUGCUCCUGCAGCCAGCAGCACUCAAACCUUGCAGAGUUUUGCUCUCUGAGAGUUUGUAAUAAGACACACUCCUCUUACAAGAGUUCAUGCUACAACCUAGCAAAGAACUUUAAAUUUUUGGAAGAAUACUAUAUUCAUUUUGGCAUUGUGCAGAGGCAAAGUAAACUCGGUGGCCUCUCCCUCUCCACCCCUCAAAAUGAUUGCAGUCUCUGCCGUCAGCAGUGCACUCCUGCUCUCCCUUCUCUGUGAAGCAAGCGCUGUCGUCUUACUCAAUUCCACUGACUCAUCCCCGCCAACCAAUAAUUUCACUGAUAUUGAAGCAGCUCUAAAAGCACAGCUAGAUUCUGCGGAUAUCCCCAAAGCCAGGCGGAAGCGCUACAUUUCGCAGAAUGACAUGAUCGCCAUUCUUGAUUAUCAUAACCAAGUUCGGGGCAAGGUGUUCCCACCAGCAGCAAACAUGGAAUAUAUGGUUUGGGAUGAAAAUCUUGCAAAAUCUGCAGAGGCUUGGGCAGCUACGUGCAUUUGGGACCAUGGACCUUCUUACUUACUGAGAUUUUUGGGCCAGAAUCUAUCUGUACGAACUGGAAGAUACCGCUCUAUUCUCCAGCUGGUCAAGCCAUGGUAUGAUGAAGUGAAGGAUUAUGCUUUUCCGUAUCCCCAGGAUUGCAACCCCAGAUGUCCCAUGAGAUGUUUUGGCCCCAUGUGCACACAUUAUACACAGAUGGUUUGGGCCACCUCCAAUCGAAUAGGAUGUGCAAUUCAUACUUGUCAAAACAUGAAUGUUUGGGGAGCUGUAUGGCGACGUGCAGUUUAUUUGGUGUGCAACUAUGCCCCUAAGGGCAACUGGAUUGGAGAAGCACCAUAUAAAGUAGGGGUACCAUGUUCUGCCUGCCCUCCAAGUUAUGGGGGCUCUUGUACUGACAAUCUUUGUUUUCCAGGAGUCACGUCAAACUACCUAUACUGGUUUAAAUAAGCUUAUCUUUUCCUCCAGGAAAUAUAAUGGUUUCUGGAAAUCAUAGGCAUAUAUAUAUAUUGAGUUUUGCACAUAUUAUACAUAUUUUACGAUAAUCUUGUUUUCCUUUUAUUAUUCAUUGUAUAAAUAAGUGUUUGUCUAGUGUGUUUACUCCUUUGUGGUAAUCAAAACACCCAUUUCUAUUUUCUGACUUUUAAACCUAAAUUAAAAUAUUGUGUAUGUAUUAUUGACAUAGUUGAUGCAUCCAAUUCCAAAACUCGUUUUCCAAAGAAAUUAUGUUCGUAAGGAAGAGAAUAUAUAUUUGGCCUGUAACGCACAUGUGUGUGUAUAUACACACACAUAGAUGACAUAAUACAUAGAUAAUACGAUUCUGUAGCAAACUCAAGGGUAAUUUUUUUAAAAAUCCUAUUCUAAAAUAUAUGUGAGGUGGUGGAACAUCUUCAGCACCCAUUUCUAUAAUAAUCAAAAAGUGAUCAUUUGCAAAAUAACAGUGAUAACUGGGUAUGAUAAUUUAAGCAAAUGCAGAUCUCAUUCUUGGGAUAUUUUAUCUUAUUUAGGUUCACCAAAGGAUAUGCUUGACUUACGUAAGGCUCAAAUCAUGCCUUUUGCUUAAUCUCUUUUACUGAGUCAGUAAUCAUGGGCAAGGCACUCUGCUAGUUAUGUGCUGAUAAUGCGAAGGUAAGAAGAUAGGAUUCCUGCCUUCAAGAAGCUCGUGAAAAUAUUCAGGAAAUAAUAACAGCCUAAUUAUUUUGCUGUAAAAUUAUUAUUUUUUAACAAAGUUAUUUUUCAUGCAGCUUGGAGGAAGUGAGUGCAACAGUGUUCACGUUAGGUGGUGUAGGUGAUAAGCCACACUGUGUACGUGAGGCUUCUGAUUAGCAUGAAUGUGUAGCGACAGUGCUUGGAAUUAGAAGAGGCAGGGAAGGAUUCAUCACUGCCCAUGGAUUAUUGGGUAAGAGUAAAUAGUUACGAUUUUGGAAGGCAGAGAGCAAGACCUAAAACUGAUGAGGCCCAAGAAAAGUGAGAUUUAAGAGACAAGUAUGAAAAGGCACAGAAAUAGGGUUAAUGCGCGCGCGCACACACACACACACACACACACACACACACACACAAAUGGAGUGCUUCAGAAGGGCAUAUCCUGAAGGUCUAAUACACCUUUAGGCCAGUUAGCAGGAGGUGAGGGAUGCUGGAAAGAAACCUUGGAGGUGCCAAGGACACCUCCAGCUGUCCAUUGUUUCCCUGUCCUUUAUUGGUGAGAAUCAAUGUAAUCAUCCUGGCCUUGAGCAUCACGUUAAAGAUCUCAUGUGCACACCACAGACAGUUAAGGUUUUGUUAAAGGGGUCCUCCUCAGAUGAUUUUCUAAGGACUAAUUGUCAAACUUUAUUCCCCUGUGUAAGCAGAAGAAUAAUUUUCAGUUCUCCAUUAAGUUUGGUGGAAAUCAAAUCAAAAUCACUAUGAAAAUUUCUCUCAUGCGAUUUUGGAAAAGCUUAUUUCCAAAUCAGGGAAUCACUUUCCAGAGAGGAGAACUCAACAUCUGGGUCAAGACACUUAACACAUUACAUUUCGCGCUUGUGUGUGUGUGUGUGUGUGUGUGUGUGUGUGUGUGUGUGAGAUGCAGGUUAUGUAAUGCUUCAAUAGAAUUAUAGAAAUAAGUAAACAUGGUUAGUUCCAGAGUACAAAUAGCAGAAGGAAGCUACUUGUUUAAAAUUCUCUACACAUUUGCGAUUUCUUGGGGUAGCUGCAUUGAAAGAUGACAGUUAAUCGAAUCCAGCGGGGAAGACAUGUACCAUCUGGAGUUUAGGUUUACAUGAUGACAAACAAUUGGCCUGAUUCCUUUCACAAACUGAAUCUGACCAAAUGUUUUCAAAUCAUACUGCUUUGCUUUUGUGGGAACUUACAUGGGCUUUAUUAAAAAUAAAUAUUUCUGGGGACUAAAAUGGAGAACAGAAAUGAUUCUCAGAGUCAGGACCCAAUCCAAUCGUUAGCUAACAUAUAUCGGCAACUGGAGAGAAAACUCAUCAGCGAGAUAAUUCAUUUGAUUUUUCUAGAAAGUGUUUCCAUCCUUGAUUUUGCUAAACCAGUUCUAGAGAAGUAGAAAAAGCACUUUUAAACCAAAACAGGCUACGAUCAGUUCCAGUUCUGUUGCUGGUUUACUUGUGUGGCUUGGUUUCUUAGUUCUCAAAAAGAAUAAUGCUAUUUGCCACAUGUUUCACAGAGGUUCAUGUGAACUUAAAAUUACCAGAUUAACAGAAAUUUAUGAAUAUUAAAAUUAUCACUAAUGUUGUGAAACUUUUAUUUGAGAUAAAAUUAAGUCUUUCAUGAGCUCCUCUUUGGCAGAAAUUCUGUCUUAUCUUUGUAUUUAUCCCAGCUUCUAAUAUAGUGGUGGUAAUGUAAUAAAUGUUCAUCUGUAUGGAUUUUUAGAAUUAACUAAAAAGUCUAGAAUUGCAAGAAUUUAGAAGAAUCCCACCUUUCCAUGUUUUUUAAGACAAACAUGUCUUAAAUACAAAGCUUUGAAUGCAUCAACGAUUAAGAUAAAUCAUCAAACAUAUCAUGUUAAGACUAGGGUCUACACACUCAUAACUUGCACUCAACAGUCCUUUCCAAAUCACAACGAGAACUGUAAGUUUAUUUAUAACGUAGCAACUCAGCUGAAAAUAUAACGGGUAUAUUUGUUAUUCUGUCUGUACUUUUUAAAGUUAGUAAUACAAAGUGGCCAUGUGAAAUGUUUCAUUUUCCAGGCUAAGGCAAACGGAAGUUUGCUAGGAUCAACACAGCAUGUCACAUCUUUUCACAGCAUGAAACCGUGGUGCUAGGAGAGCUAUUUCUCACUGUAACCCCCACAGUCAGAAAGGGUCCAGGUAUAAGCUAUUUCCUAAGAGCAGCUUAAAUAGUCAGUACUGAGGUUUCCAUUUCAAAAGUUUCACUCAAGAGAAACAGUAACUGGCAUAUAUAUUCAGUGGCAUUGAUUCUCUUUAUGGUAAGAUUUUUCAUAUCAUCCUUUAUUCAGUAGAAAAGUUUUUUUUUAAAUUCUGUCACAAUAUAGACUUUGAGGAGGGCUUCCAUGUCAUCAAAAGACUGGGAAAGUGAUAAUUUUAGCUGUUAAGCGGAUGGAUUUCUUUACAGAAUUGUAUUUGAGUUGUGUAGGCAGAGUCUUAAUGUUCCUGGUUAUGACAGAUAAGCUUGCUUUGAAAAUGUGUCAGAAACAGUUUUUAUUAUUAUUAUUAUUUUUAUUUUCUGUUUAGUAGUCUAAGCUGUGUCACUUCUGUGGUCCAUCAGAGCACCCCUAUGAGAUUCAGCUGGCAGCGCUAUAAUAUGUAUUUGAAACUUCAUAGAGGCAUUCAUUUGAAAGCUCCAUGCAACUUUAGCACAGAGUUGACCAAACACUAGGGAAAGUUCAACCAAUACAAUUCACUCAGAAUUUCUUAAUUGAAACAAUGCAUAUUUGUCUCAUUAACACAUGCUUGUGUUAGAUCAACGUAUAACAUCUACAUAAACAAAUCUAAAACAUGUUUAGGCCAGUUUAAGUGUUUUGUAUUCAUAUCCUGCUUAUUAAAUGAAUGCAUCAGCUAAUCAGGUAAUUUGAAGGUGUCCAGAAAAGUCAUCCUUAAAUUGUGGUCCGGGUUCUCCCUCUUGUGUAACAGCAUUCCCUCUGUUCGGCAGUGUCAUGGGACACAGAUCUUGACAUGAAUGGAAGCCUUUACCUAUGAAAGUGUUUAGAGAGAGUAAAGUUAUAUUUCUAUCAACAUCUAAUGUUAUCUUUGUUUUUAUAUAUAUUUUUGUAUUGUCAUUAUAUGUGUGAGGGAAGACAUUUAAACACAUGCAAAAUGAUUUUUAAAAAUUAUGUCAUGGUCUAAUUUUGACUUAAGAGAUGUCAGUGAGAAACUUAGACAGUUUAACAAUUCACCGGUUAAUGGUGCUGAAAAUGCAUAACAAACACCUUAUACGUGCUACAAUUUUGAAGUUUCUUUGCAAUUAAAGUUUUUAUUAAGUGUGAACUAUCAGUAUCUAUUCUGGUGCUAAAUAUGUGGUGCUAAAUGAACUGUUGGUGUUUGUAGCUUAGGAACUCUCUUUUAGUCAUUGUUAAAAAAUGUUAUGCAUUCAAUUCUUGAUUUAAAAAUAUGAAGUCCUGUUAAAUUAAUCUUAACCAAAAAUAGGCCAGUAAACUCUAUUUUUUAUCUAAUAGUCCAAAUUUAUUUGGGUAUUACAGAAUGUAAAUGUAUUUCUUAGAAGUUAUCAAUUUUUUAAAGGCAUUUUUAGCUUGGCAAUGUCAAAUUCAAGUGUCACCUAAAGGUUAGAGAACACCCACAUCAACCAUGCUGCAGGCACUGGUGCCCUCUGGUGGUUAUAAAAACAAAUUAAUAAAUUCUUGAUGGCUACUUGGCCUGCAACCAAGCUAUUUCUGCCAUUCAAUAAAAAUUUAAUUUGCACAAUAUCAGAACCCUUGGAUACUCUUUAAAUCUGACAACAUUAAAAAAAUUCAUGACUCUAUUGACAUAAUUUUCUAAGAGUGUAAGAAAGAUAAUAUAUCUUGACAUCCACUUUCCUAAAUAAUAAUUUUUUUAUGAUAUUCCAGUUCUAAGGUGCUUAUUAAAAUGUUCUUUUUUUGAACCAGGUUAUUAAUGAAACAUAUUUUCAUUUUGUUUACAUCAUAAAUACAGUAAGAAUUAAAAUUAGCAAACAAUUUUCUAAGUGUGUCUCACUUUCAGAAGUGAUAAUUUAUUUUUAUGUUUUAAAGUAAUUAAUUCCAUAUAUUGGAGGAUUAUCUCUCCACUUUUACUUGUUGAUCUACAAUUUGAUAAUGCUCUUUGGUCAUACAGUUGAGCUAAUAACAUUUUAUUAUUCCAUUCAAAGUCUUUCUAGACUAAAAAACAUACAUAAAAACUUGGAAUUAUACCCCUGUAACUAAUGAAGGCAAUGUUUUUAGGUAAACUUUCACUUGAGUUGUGCAGUUGACUAAGUGUGAUAGUCUGCUUUGACAAAGAUAUUUCUUAAGCUAUGUUAACACAGCCAAAUGAAAUAUGCUUUGAAGCAGUUUUCCAAAUUAUUAUUUUCAAACUUACUUUAAAGCAAUAGAACGUUUUGUAUGAUCUCAAUCAUAUACACAGCUCUAACAUAUAAUACACAUAAAAUGGACCUGCUUAUUCCCCAAAUCUUCCUCAGUGCCUUGGAAUUUCUUCUGAGAGCCCUAGGAUUCCAUCAAACCAUUAGAAAAACUGCUCUAAAUCAUCUAGCUCUCCCCAUUUUCUAUAAAAUAAUCAGCUUAUUAAAGACAAAAAAAUUGAGACUCUAAACAUAUUUCAAUGGUUAUCUUAUAUACCCACUUCACUUGGCAUGUGUUAGAAGCCUCUUAGUUUGAUGGAGCAUUAGAUACAUACUGACUUUAACUGGUGCUUGGUUAUAUAUUACAGUAUCUUGUGUUUUGUUAUUUGACAAACAAUUUUAGUACCAAACUAUUUUGAGAAUUAGAUAAUUGUCAUGUACCCAUGAAAAUAAUGUGUUUAAAAAUAUCUGAAUGUUUCAAAUAUGUACAUAAUCCUAAAAUGUAUUGUAUCGUUUUAGAUUUUUUUAAAAAGGUUAAUUUGAUUUUUUAUUCAUUACCUAAUACUGUGGCAGUAAAAGGUGCCUUUGUUGUGAUAUAUUGUCAUGAAUGUGUACAUACAUAAAACCUGUGUAAACCUCUGUCUUUAUAAAGCAUAACAAGUGUAGCUUUUUGAGCUCUGCUAUAUUGUUUUUUCUUUCAAUAAAACAUUAUAAAUAAUU